UGUAUCGUGUCGUGUCUCUGUUUGUUUGAGUGUUUUUACGCGUGAAACAGCACCGCGGGGUGAGUUUACGUAAUAGAGGAUUACAUAUCGUCUCGACAAUGUAUUACAUUACGAAAAUAAUCGCUUCGUUUAUACUCGUUGGUGUAUUUAGUACGUAAACUCGUAGAAUUUUGAGGUUAUAUUGACAAUCUACAAUGGUCGAGAAGCGAGAGGGCUCUAAUGCGUCUGGGAGAUCGUAAAAAUUGUUCCGUUUCUAUACUAAACUUCUGUAAAAGAAAUUUACACGCGGUGGCCCCCGAUUAAAAAAUUCCCUUCUUUCCAUUUCGCAAGCGUACCCGUACGUUUAAAAAGUGCCAGCAUGCGAUUUGACGCAUUUACUCCGCCACAUUUGUUGUUACGAAUUUUCAGCCUCCCCUUCUAUCGCUCCUAUUCACAGUCGUAUUGUAAUGGUUACUACACAACUACUGAUAUUCUGUAACUGAUUAUUCGUUCCCCGUUUUACCGAAACUUACAAACGUGCUGUUCAUAUUUAUUUUCGAGUUACGAAAUGACUGAAGGUGGAGCAACAAGAAUGAAGCGCAAUGGUGCACGUCUCUUUAAAAAUCCUCCUCAGCCUCAUAUGUGCAUACAAGACUUUAUACAGGGUUGUGGAGUCCCGUGUUAUGUAAAUGUUUUAUCCUGGGAAAAGAUUACAAUGCCAGUAAACCCCUCUAUUCCUGUACCGCUUUAUGGAGGGAUGAGGGUACGACCACCACGUACAAAAGCAGAUGCUGUUGUUUUUGCAGUAAUGACUAAUCCAGAAUAUCUUCAGAUUAAUGGCAAAAAUGCUACAGAUCCAAAGAAGCGUUCCUGUUUAAUAGAACAUUUAUUAGACUUUGUGGAAACUGAGAACACAGGAGUGAUUUUUACAAGACAAUAUACAAUACUAAAGGAUCGAGAUAUCACCGGUGAGCUAAAGGAUGUUUGGAAUGCGGUACAAGCUAAACGAGAUUCAGAGCAAUCCCUUCCUCAACAAGAAACUUGGAUCGACGCGAAACCACCUGUUCCUCAGUAUCCUCAAUAUCAAGAUCAUCAGCAACAAGAGUACACGUCGCAACCUCCACAAUAUUAUACCAGUCUAGCUUAUGGUAGGGUAAUGAGUAACAGAGGUAUACUUUACGAAAGUUACGGUCAUCAAUCUCAGACCCAAGUGAUUCCCCAAAACGAUCAAAUGUAUCAGUCUGCGCAAAUAGUGCCGCAAGUAUUUCGUGGAAUUGGUCCUCGAAUUACGCAAGAUCGUUACAACGACAUGGAUCGCAGUAGAGAAAACAUGGUUCAGAGUAUGCAUCAACAAAACUGCCCUGCGUGUACGGUUCGAGAGUGCCAUGUGUUACCGCGACGAAUGGACACUCUAUAUAGCUCCGUGGAUUCGUACGUGCAUCCUAACCUCAAUCUUCAUUACGGUCCACCCGCAAACGUGAACUUCAAUCCGACUAUAAAUACAAAUUUAGCAACACCUUUCCAACCGCAUAUCGCUUACCAACAACGAAUGGACAAUACAAUACACAGGAUGCAACCGCAACAAAAGCAAAAACAUUCAAAACGCGUAGACCCGAUACUCUAUUGCGAGCCGACAAUGUCGUUUCGCGUCACGUCACAAAUUAAUCUUCAAAGACUAGGUAGACCGCAUAUGGGUUUUGCUCAGAAGAACAACGCGAGUAAGAGGCAAGUAAAUUCACCGACCCAUUCCAAGCAAUCUUCCUGUACAAAUUGCCAAAAAAAAGACCAUUCCGACAACGGCACAAAACCGAAGAGUCCGGUUAAAGUUUUACAACGAGAAUUACCAACGAAUAAUCGACAAGAUGCGAAUCAUCACGCGUUUAUAGAUAGUAAGGUACUCGCGGAUAAAGGUUCCGUCGAAGAGACGAAAAACGUGCAAGUCACAGAUUUGGAUGAAGAAGUGAAAAAGAAUAACGAUUCCGAGGGCGUGGCACUCGAAUCGUCCAAAAUACCAAACGAUACUCACGCUUUAGGCUCCGCGUUAACGAUCGCUGGACGAGACUCGCCGAAUUCUCCCGAAGAUGUAUCGCUCUCGGCGGACAAAGUACAAGAAAUUAAACAUACAGACGUUCCGAACGGUCAAAAUACAUCCGAACCAAAGUAUCCGAAAUCGAAGGGUAUGGCAAUGAAAGGGAACAAGCAUAAAGAGAGUACGGAAAAUAACAGAACGAUUCGUAUCAGAUUUGUUUCCGAUCAAAAGAACGAUAGCCCGAAACGUUCUCAGACAACGGUAAACAGCAUUAUAAAAAGUGUUUUCAAAAUUCAUCCUGGUAUGUCUGGCGAAGAAACAUCAGGCAAGCGAAAAUCAAACGGACAGGCCAAGGUUAAUGCCAAAACGAACGGCGAGAACGAAGAACCUCAACAGGGAUACACGAUAUUGAAAAAAUCGGACUCGAUUACUCACGAAGAGGUGAUGAACGAAUUAGCUCAAAUAUCUAUUCAAGACUGCAAAGAAGCUACCGAAGUUAGCUCCGUGCUCUCGUGAUAGCCUAGUUCAUAGCUAGUAAGAAUUACUAGCUCGAACCAAUGGGGCAUCAGUGUAAAUAGAUAGAACGUUAACCAAUAAAAAAAAAAGUCAAGAUGAUGCAGACGCUAAGAGGGGGACUCGAUACAUCUCGAUCCACGAUACAUCUGAGAAUAAUUGUACCAAAAUAUCAGGACGUGCUUUUGUUAACGCCGUUUAGUUUUCCGACGAAUCCAUUCGUCUUCCUUCGCAUAAUUUCGACAAGACGGAUCAUAGUGAGAGUUAUUCAAGUAACAGAACCCAUUAAUUUAACCGUUGAUGGAAGUGAUAAUAAUAUGUAUUUUCUCUGGAUGUUCACGGACGAACGAUUUAGAGAAACUCGUAACGAGAUAUCUUACCAUUAGAUUUUUCAACAGAAUAAUUGUCAAACCCUAAAUAAGUACAACGGGUAUUCCGUGAUAAUGAUCUUUGUACUUGGUUACAAGCUACAAGCAUAUAUGCUUGUCGAGCUCCGUCAAACGAUUGUUGCUUCCGGUAAUGCAUAUCGACGAUCUUAAAGUGAAAUUAACUGACAUUUAACUACAUACUAAUGAUAUGCCGUUCAAACAAGACUUCGGGACACCAUCAACGUUCCUAAAGGCUGGAUUCACGAAAAUAAAUUACAACACAGUGUUUUCGAUUUGUGUAGAUAUACGUCCGGAAUGGUACAGUUUCGAAUCUGCUGUUUACAGAAAAAGAAAAACCAAUCGGUAUGUCUUGAAUCCGAGAAACAUACGAGUAAGUUGACGCAAAAUAUUCAGUCGUUCCCGUAGGUUAACCCAAGGAGACAGUUUCACGAUGAAGCAACGACUGGUCAUCGCGUACUUACCUACUUACUUCCUACAAAACAGUUAAAGGAAUUACCUAUUGGAAUUAUACCGAGUGGCGCAAAUUAUAGAGAAUUAUAUCGUGGUUCAUAGUACGUAUUAGAUUUUCAGUGUAACUUUUAAGAAUCGUGCUCGAGAGUCCACGUUUAUGCGCCGGUGCUUCCUUACGAGAACAUUUCUUUUCUUUUUUUUUUCUUCUAUUUUCCCCCCACCUCCCCUCUUUCUACUUUAUUUUUUACGCUCGUAUAAGAUCUCGUGCAUAAAAGUGGACACGGAGUACGCGUUUUAAGGCUAACGAAAAAACAAAGGCAAGUUUGUUCGCUCGGUAAACUUGUCGAUUCUAACGCCGCAUUCUAACGUAUGCCAUAGUUUGUUAGUUGCAAACAAAACACAGGGCUGCUGCCAAAUCUUCACAAAUCAUGUAAAACGAUGAAUGGAGAAACGUUACACGAACAAUUUAUCGAUUGACCAGCUUUUUUUCAUCGAAUCACGCGUGCUGUUACACCGCGGCUUUUCAGCUUGCCUAAGAGGCUUUCGACGAUUCACAAAAACGAAAAAGAAAAAAAAGUAAUUGUCCAUUUUGUCAUUGGUUUAGGAUAAUAGAGAUUUGUAUCGGUCAAUUAAUAAACUUGGCUUAGUUCCGCGCCGUGCACGAAUAUCACGGCGGUGAGUUAGUAGUAUCGAAUUAACCACGAGGCUUCUGUAAAUUCGACGUGCCGUUUCGCAUACUAAACGAAACACAAAGCAUCGCUGCUACGAAAAAAAAAAAAACGACAUCGUCCUAUCGAUUUUAUUUAGCAUUGUUAGACCAGUGUCGUGCCGUGUGUUCUCACAACGUGAAUUGCAUGCUUUAAUAUUUUAAAAAACAAUAUACCCCCGUGAAUCGUUUACAGUCGGUAAAUAAUGGAAAAACGAUAAAAACAACAAAAAAAGAAAAAGCAAACGAUACAAAUGUCAGUGUGAUCUGUCCAUGCAACUGAGCCAAUUAUGUAUAACCUCAAUACCCGUUUUUGUUCUCCCGACUUUUUAAGACGUUACUCGUAAUUGUUUUUUUUUUUCUCUCUCUCUCUCUCUCUUAUCUUCUUGUUUAGUGUAUUCGAGGUGCUUUCGUUAGUAAGAUUAAGAUCUCAGCUCGUGAAUAAAUUAGUUAUUAUCGAUACUUGGCGCCGGUGGGAAAGGACCAAUCCGCAAGACCAAAGUGCGAUCAAAUCGUUUCCAGAUGUCCUGGAAAGUAACGAACAAUUCCCAAAACGAGCUGGCUCUCGGGUGAAAAAAGAAAAUGUAUUCGACCCCGCCCCACCCCACCCUUUCUUUUUUAACUCCUUUGCUCUUUUGCUCAUCAGCGCUGCGUGGAAAGAAAAGGAAAGAAAGACACGGUCGUUCGUCUCGUAAAACUUAUCGCAUACCUACGAACAACUUUAUGGCAAUGAAACGUUUUCGCGUUUUGCGGGCGGAUACGCCACACGUAUAUACAUACGUAUUACAUACACGUACAUAGGAGUUUCUCAUGUUUCUUUUUUUUUAAUACAUACAAGGCAGCACGUAGCGAAGCAUUACGGGCUUCGUGCUUGAUUGGAGGAUACGAAGAAAAUUCUCUAUUUUAUUAGUUUUCAAAAGGUGUUACAUUUUAUAUGAAUCAGCGCCUUGAACGCGUUGCUUUUUUUAAAAAACAAUAGUAAGUUGCUUGUUAGCAAUUUACAGUAAUUACUUUAGCAGUAAGUCUUAAUACAUGCAGCCGAUUGUCAUUCUUCGUACUUUUUUUUUUUUCUUCCUCCCUCCCCUCCCCUCUAUUGUUGUUCUAUCGAUUCGAAAGACGAUAUCUUUUUUUCCGUACAAUAUAGUAUGUAUUUUUGAAGAGGAGGAGCGGAUUUGUGUACGCGACAGAAAUCGUUUCGCCUCUCGGGCUAUUUAGUCAAUUAUUUUUAAAUGCUCAAGUGACAAAAGACGUCGAACAUGUUAGGUUAUCGAUUCAGAGAUCUUAUUAAUUUUAUCGAAUAGUUUUUUCCCUUUGAUUUUCUUUUAUUUGAAACGCAGUUCUGAGCGGCUUGGCCCCUUCCUUUGCCAACACAUCCCCAAAGUCCCUCCUCUCUCAUUAUUGUUAAUAAUAUGUAUUCAGUAUUCGCGUUAUUUUAGAUUCUUAUUAUUAUUGUCAGGUAUAUUCUGGUUUAUUAUAUCAUUAUUACCACGAACAAUGUAAUCUAUUAUUAUUCUAUAAUACAUGGUUUUUCCAAAGCUUGCCUGAUGUUCUUUAUUUUUCUAGAAUUGUACAGGAUAAGCAAGUACAUCUACGCAGAGUCGCCUUACGCGAACUGGCGUCUUCUUUCACCAGUACAAACAUUUUUCCUUUUUUCUCUUUGAAUCAAAUAAUAAUUGUAUUUUUCAUGAAAAUUUUUAUUUCAAACGAGAGAAACACGUACAUUUUUACGCACACGGUAUACAAUAAUAUCAGUUAAAUUACUAUUUUUUAAUUGCAAUCUCUUUCACGUGAAAUCCAAAGAACUUUCAAUCGAAAAAACCUAUCAAUGAACAUAAACAAAGUUAAAGAACACAGCAACGUUACGUACGAAAUAAACGAUACAAAGUUAAGUAAAUCGUAAAUUGGACAAACCAAAGAGAAGAAUGUACGAACAAAAAACGAAUAUGUUUAAACCAGAUACACAACACUGCACUCGUAAAGCAUAAGAGAUCAAUUUAAUCACAAGUUUGAUUUUGAAAUCACUCAAGUAUGUAAUAGGAAUAGAAAAUAAUUACUACACAAAAUUAAGUCUCGAACUGUUCCAUACAAUUAAAAACAAUACGUUUUUACGUGUUAACAACAAGUC